CUUCUAAAUGGUGUGCUGAAUGUCAAAACAAACCAUGCACACCCUUUUUCACACAAGAGGAAGAAAAUGUGUCAUGAGAGCUGCUGUAUUGAGGUCAAAGUGUUGUGUUGACACGUUGCCGAGGCGUCGUUGUCUGGCUACCGUGGAUCCCUGGUGACUUGCCUUAGCAGCAGAUUCUCCAGUGUUUAACCCGAGAGAAGCGGGGCACAUAGAUACAUACAUGCAUACAUGUACAGUACACACAGUCUGUCAAACAUCCCACAGGGCAGAAGAAACACUUCCAGCACACCGUGUUCUGUGUCUGGUUAUCGUCUCCUUCUGUCCUCAACCCGCGACAACCUGCAGGGAGGAAACUAAAGCGCACAGCGGUCCUGUUUUUUGUGGGGCCCUACUCAUCGUCACAGUGGUUUGAGAUGUGAUAUGUUUUGAGAUGGCUUUUUCUUAGAGCGUGGGACUAAGAUGAAAGCCAAGGCUUUGUCAGUGAAGGAGUGCACCUGGACGUCAGAGGAGUGCCACCUAGUGGGCGAGCUGCACGGAGACGUCCAGAGAGACAACCUCCGUCUGCCAAACAUCUUCAGGUCCAAAAAAGUGAAGCCUCUCACCAAGACUCAGACCGGCCCCUCUUACCAGGUUUACCACACAGCCAGAGAGCUUCUGCUGGAAGUGUUGGACAGAGAAGCCGUCCGGGAGCUGAUCAGGAGGUCUGCCGGGGUGAAGGCAGGAGCAAACCGUCCGUCACACGGCCAGAACAAGGAGCAAAACGCUGAUAUCUCUGAGGAGGACUACGCUGAGGCGCUAACGUGGUUUUCUAUAGUCUUAAGAGAUGGUCUGUCUGUAGAAGAGAGCGGCAGCUUUGGCUCAGAGUUGACCCGGAGACUGGAUGGAUGGCAGGGUGUCCUGAAGAGAAACAGCAUCCAGACAAAGCUCUUGUCUCUGAGCAGACUGGAGGACGGAGACAAGCUGGAAGCCCUCUCCGCUUUCUGCAGCCACCUAACCAAGCGCUACCAGGUCCUACACACUCCCGGGCCCAACCUGGCCGUGAAGAAAUACAGACUUUCCUAUCAGCAAGGGCCGUGCUCUCUCCACCUCGCCCUCCUCUGCGACGUGAGCACGGGGUUCAUCUGUAACACGUAUCUUUAUUGUCCAGGGCAGCUGCAGAGGCGGAGUAGGAAGCCGGUCGUCGAGCAUGUGAUCAGACACCUGCUCAGGCCUUUCCGCAGCCACAGACACGUGGUUCAGCUGGACAGCUCCGCCUGGAUGGAGGGCAAACUCAAAGACAUCUUCUCAGGAAUAGGGGUCAACAUUCACUUUGUCCCCGCCGCUAAAAGGCCGGCAGUGAGUCCAACAUCUUCAUCGCCACCGCUCAGGCCACAACAAACGUCUGAAGACUCCUCGGCCCGACUCGUAGCCCACUUGCAGGGCUGGACUGGAGCCGCUCUGUUAUCUCAGUCAGACCCGAAAGGAUCGGCGGUAGAUGUGUUUCUCCCAGGACUCUGGGCGAUGUUUCACGUGAUCUGCAUCAACACAUUUGUGCUUCACAAUCUGCAGAACCGGGGCUCAGGCAGACAGGUCAACCUGACAGAGUUCACAAAGACCCUGGCCUCUCAGUUGGCCUCGGACACCAGCGUGACUGUGCCCGCGCUGCCACGACUAAACAGCUCUUUGUACCAGGAGACAAGUUCAGCAAAUCUUUCCAAGCAAACCUCUGCAGUGAGACUGCAGACCAGGGGGAACAAGCCCGGAGUGUGUGGUUUAGACAACGCCGGCAACUCCUGCUACUUCAAUGCCGUGUUACAGUGUCUGUGUUCCACCGUUCCCCUCGUGGAGCACCUCCUCAACAGGGACACGCGCAAAGAGCUGACUAAGUCCAAGUGUCGGGUCGCUGAGGUGUUCGUCCGCCUCCUGGAGGAGAUGUGGCUGGGAGGCAGCUCCAGCUGUGCUCCCUUGGAGGCCAGGUCUGUGCUGUGCUCCAUUUUGCCCCAGUUCAACAACUACUCCCAGCAAGACGCCCAGGAACUGCUGCUCUUUCUCCUCAAUGUGCUCCACGACGACCUUAAAAAGGCUGCAAGGCGCCAGGUGCGCUCCUCGGUACGACAGUCGAGGCAACAACAGAAUAGGAACCUGGCCACCGAGUGCACCAUCGUCUCACAUCUGUUCGAGGGCCAGCUGAGCUACACGACGCUCUGCAUGCACUGCGACCUCCAGGCACACAGCACGCAGACCUUCACCGUACUAUCACUGCCGAUUCCGACAGACAUCUCCAAGUGCUCAAUCCAGGACUGCCUUUCACUGUUCUUCGAGCAGACUAUCCUGACCGGGGGCGAGCAGCUGCAGUGUUCAGUGUGUGGCCUGAGGAGGGAAACGACCCUUCGCACUUGUCUGGACAAACCUCCGGAGAUCCUCAUGUUGCACCUGAAACGGUUUGGCUGCAAGGGGAAGAACCAGGUGAAACUGAGGACUAACGUCGUGUUCUCCAUGCAGCUCGAUCUCACCCCAUUUCUAUCCAGUUCAGUAGAGAACGCCACACAGUCUUCAUACCAUCUGUAUGCUGUUGUGAACCACAUGGGCCAUCUGAACAUGGGCCACUACACGGCUCUGUGCCACAACGCUCCAGCCCGGACCUGGCACUGCUUUGACGACUCGAUAGUCAGAGAGGUACAGGACAGCCUCGUGCAGUCUCCAAACGCCUACAUGCUGCUCUACACCUGCAGGCCUUUCCAAAAGCCAAAGAUCCAUGGACUCUAAGAGCUUUCCGACAUGAUGGAAGGUUUAUUAACUGUCCCGUCUGGUAGACCUGCUUUCAAGCAACAUCUCUGGUGCUGCCCACUUCUCGGCAUCUGUUCUUCAAAUAGAUAAAAACUCUAGCACUGUCUUGUUU